AGAAACAGGAAGAACGGUUUAUAUUGUCUUGACAGGAAUGAGAAGAGUCAGUUAAGAUUGGUUUGGAUCCACACUUUCUCUCAGUUCCCUGCUGACUCUGGUCGCUGCGCCAUUGCUGACUGCUGAUGGAGCUUUUUGAAGAGGCGCUGCAGUAUCUCAUAUCCUCCGGUAUACCGGUGGAGGAAAAUGAAGCCGUGGAUUCAGAAUUCUCUCAAGAUGUGUUUGGGGAUGAGAACGACUGGAUUCCUAACAACACCGAGGAGGCAUUUCCAGACACACCAGUCUGUAAAAGCCCAGAGGACAUGCUGGACAAGAGACUGCAGCUACUCAGAGAGAUUUUAAUCAGUGAAGAGACCUACCUGCAUGAGUUGGAAACCUUGCUUAUGCCCCUGAAGGCUCUCAGGGCCUCAGCUGGUACAUCCCAGCCUGUGUUGUCCAUUGAGCAGGUCCAGACAGUGUUCUACCAGCUGCCAGAGCUCUUAGAUCUCCACACAGAGUUUUAUAGCAGCCUCAAAGCUAAACUACAGUUGUAUUUAGAUCUGGACCUGGGCCUUCCUCUGCAGCUGUGCCAUGAGAACCUUGACCUGUCCGUGGGAGACCUCUUCAUCAAAUUUGUGAGCCAGUUAGGAGUAUAUCGAGGAUUCAUUGAUAAUUAUGAGAAUGCUGUAGAGAUUGUGAAGAAAUGCACCCAAUCAGACCUACGAUUCCGAACUCUUGCACAGAGCAUGAAGUCCACCAAAGGAUCAGACAAUUCCAGAGCUAUGUACACCUUUGAAGCUCUCCUAUACAAGCCUCUGGACAGAGUGACUAAGACUACUCUUGUACUGCAUGAUCUGCUGAAACACACUCCAGCUGAUCAUCAAGACAGUGUGGUGAUACAGGAAGCCCUACGUGUCUCAAGCAGCUUCCUGUCUGGGGUUAAUGAGGGAUCACAAUGCAAGACAUCUGUCACUCUUAGCAGAGGAGAGAGACGACAACUUGUGCGUGAUGGAUUUGUGGUGAAUGUCUGUGAUGGUGGGCGGAGCUUCAGACACCUUUUUCUCUACACAGAUCUAUUGCUGUGUGUCAAGCUGAAGUGUGGAGCUAUGGGGAGGCAGUCUCACUACAGGUUUUGUUGGUAUAUGCCAAUAGUAGGACUCAAGAUGAACUGGGUUGCAGAGCAGGAAGCAUCAACUGACCUUCAGCUUAAAAUUAGCAACAUGAGAGUGAAGGUGUUCCACUUGAGGCGAGCAUUCCGGCAGUUCAUGAAAGAGAAGAAAGGGUCUGAUUCUCGUGCUGUGGAUCGGUGUAGAAGGAAGCUCGAAUCGUGUGAAAUUUGGCUUCUCACCCACAAACCUUCUUUUAUCUUAGAACUUCACAGCCCCAGCAGCAAGAGUCACACCAUUCACUUGCCUUCUCUGUAUGAGCUGGACGAGUGGAGAGAAGCAAUUAACAAGUGCAAAGCAGAGAAUGUAGAGACAGUGCCACCGGAUUUACUUUCUCUCACCAACUCUUGUGUCAAACUAAGAAUGACUCAACAGCUGCCCCUUUGCUGCCUUCAGCCUGACGAUGAAGUAAACAGCAUGUGUGGGAGUGUAUGUGUGAUUGUGCAUACAGCCUGUGGGCUACAGCAGCCAGCCAGUGCCUAUGUGUGUGUAGAAGUUGAUGGCUUUGAGAUUUUUGACAGAAGAGCUCAGACUUGUCUUUCAUCAUAUAGUCUGACGCCACAGUGGGAUCAGGAGCUGGUGCUGAAGGUGGAUGGAGCUCAGCAGCUCCACCUACUGUGUGUCUCGCAGCCAGAGAAGUGCAUUAUGGGCAGAGCUAUGAUACAGUUAAAUCCUGUUGAUAUGCUAAAAAAGUGGAAGAAAAUGAACGUGAAUUUGGGCUCCAUAGAGGUGAUGCUGUCAAUCAAAUACUCACCCCAUCCACUUGAGCCACCCAGCCCAGCCCCUCUCCAGCACAAGCCUGUAUUCUGUGUGCUGAUUGGAGAUGUAGCAAGACAUGAGCGUGUGCUGGUUCCUCAUAUAGUGCGCGCCUGCGUGGACGAGGUUGAGAGGAGAGGACUGCAAGAAGAGGGCAUUUACAGACUCUCAGGAGCCAGCAAUGAGAUUCAGGCUCUAAAACAUGCAUUUAAUACCAAUUACUGGGAGGCUAUGAGUAAGGUGAGAAAUGUGGAUGUGAAUGUAGUAUCUGGCACGCUGAAGCUGUAUUUGAGAGAACUGCCUGAGCCUCUUAUUCCUGCUGCAUAUUUUCAGAGUCUCUCUAAAGCAAUGGAUCUGACUGACCCAAAUCUCAGAGCGAGCACCAUGUUGUCUGAGCUGCGAUCCUUCCCUGACGUCAAUCGCAACACACUUCUCUUCCUCUUACAUCACCUUAAAAGGGUUGCAGUGAAGGAGGAACUGAAUAAAAUGUCUCUGAGUAAUCUGGCCACAGUGUUUGGCCCCACUCUCAUGCGCCCCCCAGUGGCCAGUCUAGAUCGGUGUGCUCCACCAGUGGACAUCUCUCAAGAGGUUGAUGUUCAGGUCCACGUGAUUUACCUCUACCUCCAGAUUCCGAAUCUUCCAGAAGCUCUCACUACAGAACCACUGGAUACUGAGGAAGACCCAUGAACGUUAAAUUAGUGCUGUGUGUUAUACAAACAUACACAAAUACAUGAUGCAAGCAAAUAUUAGGCACAGUAUCUUCUUGUCAAAGUUCACAGGCAAUUUAAAGGAAAUAUAUACCAUGUAUAUUUAUAUAAUUUAUUUGAAAAAGAUUCAUUGUAACACCUUGUAUGCUGCCUGUACGAUUACAGGAAACUUGUUUUUUUGUAAUAAAAAAAAAUGAUUGAUUAAUAA